UCCGGUAUAACCGCUACAUUUUGUAAACACUAAACGGCAGCAGUCAAAGAAACACGCAACAAUCUCCGUGUUAUUAACUAAAGCAAGAAAACCUGUCACUAACUGUUCUACCAGAUACUACAAAACACACUACCAGUCGUCUUGUCGCAGGGAAAGCUUGACGUCGCUUUAGCGUCAGGUUCCACAGAAAAUUAACAGCAUUUAGUCGGCUAACACUUACGGUUAGCUAUCAAAACAAUCUAGCGUUGUUAAAGGACGCUUCCAGCUGACGUCUGUUAAGUGUGUUUCUCAUUCACAAGGUAGUGGACACUCUCAUGCUGGUCAUACCUCAAUGGGGAACUGUCUGUUUUCGCAAGGUGCGGAUGACCUGUCUCUGCUGAACGAUUCCGAGGGAGGAAGUCUGCCCGGGGAGCCUCCGCCGCCAUACCAGGAACGUGCAGAGCCAGUACCAGUCUAUCAUCCCACUCCAGGUGAGAGUCGUCUGGCCAGCCAGCUGACUGAAGAGGAGCAGAUCCGCAUCGCCCAGCGCAUUGGUCUCAUCCAGCACCUGCCCAGAGGCAUCUUUGACCCAGGCUCUGACCCAUCUGACAAGAAAGUUAAAGAAUGUGUAAUCUGCAUGAUGGAUUUUGAAUAUGGUGAUCCCGUUCGAUUCUUGCCCUGCCUUCACAUCUACCAUGUGGAUUGCAUCGAUCCCUGGCUGAUGCGUUCCUUCACCUGCCCAACCUGCAUGGAACCCGUCGACGCAGCUCUGCUGUCCACGUAUGAAACCAACUAAGCAGCAGCUCCCUGUGGCUGAUCCUAAAUGUAACUGCACCUUUUUAGCCAAAACUCUCCUCGCUGUUUCUGCAGGUAGCCAAGGUAAAGUGGCAAUAUGCAGAUGUUUGGAGGGUAUUGUAGGAUAAUGCUGAAAACAGCAGCCCACCCCACAGUAUACCUAGGUCUCUUAUGGGUCUGUUAGGGCUAAGUAAACUUUUUGCCUUUUACAGUUGGACAAUGUGCCAAAUGAAGUUCGAUAAAAACUAUUGGACAUUGUUCAAGUAGCAAAAUAUUACACAAAGUAGUUUCACUUUUGUACAACUGAUGGUGUAUUUUGAUAUAUGAACUUUAUGGUAGUUAGUGUUUGUCACAGAUGUCAUUCACGCCCCGCUGAAGAUGUAAUGUGCAAUAUGAAAAUGCAGAACUGUUCAGGUCAAGUGGUCAGAACAGACAAGUCUAUGGUCAUUGUUAAUCAGAAUGAGCAGGGCAAACAUGAACGAAGCAUGACUUUGAAUGUCAAAAAGAUGCUUGCCUCCAUACUGAAAUGCAAUUGUCUAAACACAGAAGUAGGUUUUUCUGAAUAAAGCUAACCUACGAGGUCCUUACACCAUUUAUGGCUUCAGCACCAUGAGUUAAAUGGUGUAAUUUAUCUUUUGAAAUUCAUCUGAAGACUUAUCUGUUUGUAGAAAUGUAUUGUCUGUAUUUGUAGAUUUUUUUCCUUUGAAGCUGCUUUUACAAAUAUGGAUCUGUUUUUGCCUUUCCAUUAUAUGGAUCUUCCUCUUUGCAUUGUGCUUUCAGUUUUUUUCAUCUUCAGUCACUGUUUUCUCCUCUACUGUUUACUGUCAGCGAUAUUUACAAAGAUAAGAUAUGCUGUGCAAUCUCCCUUAAAGCACCUUGGGAUACCCCUCAUCUGGAACGCUGUAGCUUAAAGAGUUUGUUGACAGUUCUGUGUUUUUUUGUGUGUGUGUGUGUGUGUGUGUGUGUGUGUGUGUGUGUGUGUGUGUGUUUUUGAGAGGGUGUAGUUGAGCUUCAACUGUAACAUAAUGAUGUCAGUUGUGAACUUGUUUGGUUACCUCUUUUUGUAGAUCAUAGAUUUGGUUUGUCUUGAUGGCCUUCUUGCAUUUUCAAAGUUUCUGGGUCUGUCAAAAAUUCUUUUAGCUUUUUAUAAUAGAAAUGUAAUAACUGAUGCUUAAUGCAAAAUGUGGAGGAUGUUUGAAUACAAAAAGCUAUAAAGGUGAAGUGAAGUCACAUUAGUGGACUGAUAUAUAUCUUGAAUGUAGGGUAAAAUUUCAGCUUUUACAGAUUUGGACAGUACAAAGUGACAACAAGAGGACAUUUCUGAUUUACUCAGGCUGCUGUGCCUUUAAGGUCGAAGUAAGCCAAUUCCUGUGAAGUACAAUCAUUUCUAACAUUACAUUCUUGUUUGUUUUAGUUGUCCUCUAGGGGGAGACGGAUACCAGCACUGUACUGAUUUGUAUCAAGAGAUAGGCCCAGGAUAAAGCCAGAGGUGUCCUGGCUGAUGUUAACAAGUAUUUUGUGUUUUAAUUUAUAAUGUGCACAACCAGUGCACAUGUUUGAUGAAAAUCAUAAAGCCACAAUAAAAGUGGAUACCAAAUUUU